UAGCCGUGCGUUAGAGAGAGAGACUUCCCCACCUAGCCGUGCGUUAGACAGAGAGACUUCCCCACCGAGCCGUGCACCAGACAGAGAGACUUCCCCACUGAGCCGUGCGUUAGAGAGACUUCCCCACCUAGCCGUGCGUUAGAGAGACUUCCCCACCUAGCCGUGCGUUAGAGAGACUUCCCCACCUAGCCGUGCGUUAGACAGAGAGACUUCCCCACCUAGCCGUGCGCCAGACAGAGAGACUUCCCCACUGAGCCGUGCGCCGGACAGAGAGACUUCACCACCGAGCUGUUCAUACCCGAUACUAAAAGCAGAGAACAGAAGAGAAGACAAGAGCAGUAUACAAGCUGCAACCUUUCAUCUGUAUUGCCUGUUCCCUUCAAGGUUGUUUCUAUUAUUAAGUUCCGUAUGUGGAUGAAAGAGUGAUUCCCCGUGGCGGGGGUUUGAUAUGGAACUAUAAGGACUUUCGUCACCUAUUGUAGCAGACCACAGGGAGAGCAGAGCCGCUAUCCAGGUGUCAGCAGGACUAUCACCUCUUCCUAAUCUUCAGGCCGAUACUCUAGCGAUCCAGUGGAUGUAACUUCACAUUCCAGGCUAGAUUAGUAGCAGAGCAGCUCUCUACAACACCAUGAAAGACGAAUUGCUUGCUGAUGAGGAGGAGGUGCAGUCUUUUGGAUACAAGAGGUUUGGGAUCCAGGAAGGCCCUGAAUGCAGCAAGUGUAAGAAUGACUGGGCUCUGAGAGCUGCUAUAGCUCUGCUCUAUGUACUAUGUGCCCUGCUCACCAUUGCCGUGGCUUUGCUCGGACAUAAAGUGGUCCAGCGAGUGGACAAUGUGACAGAAGAGAUGCAGAACUAUGGUGGGAAGAUCACAGCGGUGGAAACAGACUUGAAGAAGCUUGAUGACCAGACAGGGGAGAAGGCCGCCAACGCCAGCAGUGAUAUCUCAACCUUUAAGUCAGACAUCCAAACGCUUCAGAGCCAGCUAGACAACGUGUCCCAGAGGGCCUCUACUAACCAUGCUGUGCUGAAUCAGCUACAGGUCACAGGAGAGGACAUGCAGAGUAGCCAGGCGUCCCUACAGAGUUUACUGGACGGCAGCACUGCCUCACUACACAGUGUCAACACUACCCUGGCCUCAUAUGGAGGGAUAAUAGGAGGGCUGCAGACAGAUUCCACCAGGCUGCAGGACGGACUACAGAGACAAGUCCAGGAGCAGGGGCAGACACAGGUGGAUAUCAGUAGUCUGAACAGGACACAGGCUCAGCGGGGCCGUCUACUCAGUGCCCUGCAGCGCAGUGUGGAGGAUGCAGGACAGGCCGUGCAGAGACUGAAGAACAACUUUCAUGGCCUGCAGCAGACAGCCAGACAGACCCAGGCGGACACUGAUUGGUUGAGAGAGAAGGUCCAGAACCUGCAGGUGUUGACAGCCAAUAACUCGGCCUUGGCUCAGUCCAAUGGGGAGGUGCUGGAGGACAUGGGUCUGCAGCUGAACACUCUGAUCAAUCAGAUCAAGAACACCUCCUUCCUGACUGAGGGACACAAGCAGAGCCUGCGCCUCUUCGAGGACCAGCAGAAAGACCACGAAAACACCACCUCCUCACGCUUUGACGAGAUGGAGGCACGCCUCGACAGCCACGAGGGGGACAUCAACCGCGUAACGGGGAACUUCAGCUUUGCCAAUCAGCUCCUGGGAAUAAUCAGCUCUGAACUGAACAGCCUGCGCACCUGUGCUGAGACGGUGACUCACCACUCUGACCUGCUGUUGGGGCUGAAUGGUAGUGUAGCGGAGGUCCAAGGGGCCGGGCUGGAGCUCCGAGCCCAGCAGGAUGAGCUGACGGACAGGCUGGACAGGGAGAUCAACAACCUGUCGGUCUUUAUGGAGGAGAUGAAGAUGGUGGACAGAAAACAAUCCCAACUCAUCAGCAACUUCACCAUCCUACAGGGUCCUCCGGGACCAAGGGGGGCCAGAGGCGACAAGGGACUUCAGGGGCCCAUAGGCCAGCAGGGUCAGAAGGGGGAGCGAGGGGACAAGGGGGUGGCGGGGCUGCAGGGCCCUAAAGGAGAGAAGGGUUCUGAUGGCCCCCCAGGGGUGGCAGGGCUGAAGGGGCACCCAGGGGCCCUGGGAAGCCUCGGUCCUAAAGGCUACAGGGGUUCUGGGGGUCGGCUUGGGACCUCAGGGGAGAAGGGAGAACCUGGAGCUCAGGGCCUGGUGGGCAGAGAUGGACAGGCUGGUCCUCAGGGAGCCCAAGGCCCUCAGGGGGCGAGAGGCCAAGAUGGAUCCUCAGGAACAGAGGGACCUCGUGGGCUGGUAGGACCCAUCGGCCCACUGGGGCCUCCAGGGUUACCUGGCCUCCCUUUUCGAGUUGUAAUACCCCCUAUGGUGACAAACUCCCCUAUAAUGGUGCAGGCCCCCCGUAUGGAGCCAGAUGAGCCUGGGCAGCCAGAGGAACCAUAUCAGCCUGGGCAGCGGGGGGGACCAGAUCAGCCUGGGCAGCCAGAGGAACCAGAUCAACAUGAGCAGCAAGGGGAACCAGAUCAGCCUAUGCAGCCAGGGGAACCAGAUCAACCUGGGCAGCCAGGGGAACCAGAUCAACCUGGGCAGCCAGAGGAACCAGAUCAGCCUGGGCAGCCAGGGGAACCAGAUCAGCCUGGGCAGCCAGGGGAACCAGAUCAGCCUGGGCAGCCAGGGGAACCAGAUCAACCUGGGCAGCCAGAGGAACCAGAUCAGCCUGGGCAGCCACAGGAACCAGAUCAACCUGGGCAGCCUAAAGAAUCAGUGGUGCCUGCUGUGGAACCAAAAGCCUCUGUUUCUCAACAGGUCCAACCUUCUCGCUCAACCACACCUGCUCCAGGCUGCCCGUCCCAUUGGAGUGGCUUCAGUUCCAGAUGCUACUUCUUCUCUUCUGGUCUUCAGAGACUCAACUUUGACGAGGCUCACGACUUCUGUUCCAACAUGACAUCAUCCAUGAUUAUAGUGAGGGAUCUGGAGGAGCAGCAAUGGGUAAGGAAGCAGAUAGCAGGAAAAGGCUACUUCUGGCUGGGGCUGAUGGACCGAGAGGACGAGAAUGUCUGGAAGUGGGUGGAUGGAACUCUGCCCGUCUUCACGAAGUGGAAGCCAGGCCAGCCAGACAACUGGUCACAUGGUCAUGAGGAGGGAGAAGACUGUGCCGGGCUGAUCCACGAGGCCAACUGGAAUGACUUCUUCUGCACUGACCGCAUCGGAUUCAUCUGCCAAAGAGCCUACGCUUUGAAAAGUCCAGGUUUAUAACAUCUGCUGGUGAGAAGAACACAUGGUGAAGGACCUGAGGAAACUGAGUGAAAAGUCCAGGUUUAUAACAUCUGCUGGUGAGAAGAACACAUGGUGAAGGACCUGAGGAAACUGAGAUAAUGUGUCAUUACCAUCUGGCCAUGGUGCCUGGUAUCUGGGACUGGGACUAGUAUCACCAUGGUGCCUGGAACCUGGGACUGGGACUGGUGUCACUGUUAUACCUGGACCUGUAGCUCUGGGACUGGUGUCACUGUAAUACUUGUACCUGUAGCUCUGGGACUGGUGUCACUGUUAUACCUGGACCUGUAGCUCUGGGACUGGUGUCACUGUUAUACCUGGACCUGUAGCUCUGGGACUGGUGUCACUGUUAUACCUAGACCUGUAGCUCUGGGACUGGUGUCACUUUUAUACCUGGACCUGUAGCUCUGGGACUGGUGUCACUGUUAUGCCUGGACCUGUAGCUCUGGGACUAGUGUCACUGUUAUACCUGGACCUGUAGCUCUGGGACUGGUGUCACUGUUAUACCUGGACCUGUAGCUCUGGGACUGGUGUCACUGUUAUACCUGGACCUGUAGCUCUGGGACUGGUAUCACCAUGGUACCUGGACCUGUAGCUCUGGGACUGGUGUCACUGUUAUACCUGGACCUGUAGCUCUGGGACUAGUGUCACUGUUAUACCUGGACCUGUAGCUCUGGGACUGGUGUCACUGUUAUACCUGGACCUGUAGCUCUGGGACUGGUGUCACUGUUAUACCUGGACCUGUAGCUCUGGGACUGGUAUCACCAUGGUACCUGGACCUGUAGCUCUGGGACUGGUGUCACUGUUAUACCUGGACCUGUAGCUCUGGGACUAGUGUCACUGUUAUACCUGGACCUGUAGCUCUGGGACUGGUAUCACCAUGGUACCUGGACCUGUAGCUCUGGGACUUGUGUCACUGUUAUACCUGGACCUGUAGCUCUGGGACUGGUGUCACUGUUAUACCUGGACCUGUAGCUCUGG